AUGUCAGAACCUCGCCAGAUUCCAACUGUGGAUGACCUACGGGUCAAGUUAUGCUACAUAUGCCGAGAGGAGGAACGCUUUGACAAUCCUGAGGAGCCACGUAGGGUUUGGACCCAUCCAUGCAAUUGUACUCUUGUGGCGCAUGAGUCAUGUCUUUUGCAUUGGAUACAAGCUGCUCAACAAGACCCACAUCGAGCUGCUAAUGCGUUGAAAUGCCCACAAUGCGGAGCGACUUACGAUAUGGAAAGCAAUAACCCAUUCAUCCUGAGGCUUCUAGACCACAUCAGCGGUAGCCUGUCACUGGCAGGCAAGGUUAUCAGCUUUGCUGGCAUGACUGGCAUAGUUGUCUCGUUCGGGAUGGGUAUAUACUUUGUCUGUACAUCGUACGGUGCUUACGCAGUGAGAGAGUUUUUGGGAAAGGAAUUAUACGACCUGCUCUUGACAGAUGAUCCGAGUAACUGGCCUUGGCAUGCAUUUAUCAACCUUCCCCUAAUACCUUUCAGUCUUGUCCUCUCUCGUACUCGACUGUUUGAUACCCUCCCCAUAAUGACUCUCUUUCUCGCUUGGCCAUCGUCCCCACCUGUGCAAACAACACAGAGCUUGAUUGGUCGUUGGACCACCCGGAGAAGUGAACCAAUUGCGCCAAUGUCGCUGCUCACAUGGCCGCCAUCUCCCAUUAUCGCUACGAUAUUGUACCCCCUUGUCACUGGCCUUUAUCGGCGAUAUUUCACUCGCGUGAAGCAUUGGGUCAUGGGGACUCAGCCAGGGCCUCGUCUACCUGUUCGUCGUGUCGUCUGGGCAUUCAACGAGGACGGUCCAGCUCCUCUUCGGAUGCGCAUCGGUGCGAACAUCGAACCGCUGAACGAUCAGCGCCCUGCCGCUGGCGCUCAACAAGGUAGACGAGGCGCCCAAGCAAGGAACGAGGAACAAAACCAGAACGGGGAGGGAGUUCAGAACGAGGAGGAAAACCAGAACGACGCAGACCUCGAAGCAGAUGAUCCCGCUGCAGCUGCCGAGCGCACCAUGCGAAUCACCAAUGCGUCGUUAGGUCGUUUUGUUGGAGGUGCUCUCAUGUUGCCUGCUAUCUCAAACUACAUGGGUUCUAUCCUGUUCCGGCUGUCCAAGUAUUCUCACACUUUGCGUCGUAUUCUGGCCAUCCGGCCUUCGCCGAGUGGACGUGCAACAGCAGCGCCACUGGGUGGAUGGGUUUCAGCUCAGCCUUGGGACAAUCUCAAUUAUGUGAAGCAGUUUGGAUUAGGUGCGAGAAUGGCCUUGAAUUUGGUGUGUGCAGGUACUCGCACAUGGGCUGAGAGUGAUCCGGUUUGGUGGAGAAAUUCUGUGGGACUCGGCAUCUUCAUUGUGGCGAAAGACUACAUUACGCUGUUACAUCUGUGGCUGGCUAAGCGUGAGCUUGAAACACGUCGCGUGAAGAGCCGUUCGUUUGCAGGAGUAGACAUCAGAGAGCUGGACCUAAUAGAUUCCUCGCCUUCCUGA